AAAAUAUUCGAUUGAUAUCUUAAGAUAAAUAAGUUGACCAAAUUGGGGGGAUAUGAAAUUUGUUUAUGUUGUGUCAAUGAAAUAUGAAAAUACCCUUUCAUACGAUACUUGGACCAACGUUAAGGAAACAUUUUAAAGCUCAUGAUGCCUUCUGUCGAAUACCAAUCUUUAAGCCUGCUGGUGCCUGGUACGUUAUUGUAGUAGCAUUAGCUGGUAUUUUUUUUUCUAUUUUUGAUAUAAUACGAGUCAUAAGAGAUGGUCCUACAUUACCUCCAAGUUCAUUACGCCCAAGACUAAAAUCAGGAGCUGUGGUAUCUCCUGCAACUGAACGUGAUCUAAAAUUAAUGGGAUCAACUUUAACUUUGGAAUAUCAUACUUUGUUGUUAUUAGGUGUAUUAACGGGUCACCCAGUGUUUUUAAUGCCAUGGCUGUUCAUGCAAGGUUUAAUAAUAUUAUUAGAAUGUGUAAUAUUCUUUUUACGACUUGCUUGUUCAGGUAUAUGUAUGGAUCGUCGUACGUUAGUGGCUGUCAUUUUAACACCCAUUCAUUGGGUAAUUGUGUCAUGUUAUUUUAAAAGUAAAAUUAGUAGAUGUGAUUUGUAA